UCCAUUUAUUUUAAUCACAUCUUACAUCUCAAAUUAAUUCCAAACCAAAACAAUUAGGAGGUAAAUUGUACCUCCUACCUCUUUUUUUUUUUUGGGGGGGACUGACAUGAAUUCUGAGAGGAGAGAAGAGAAGACACUUUUUUAUAAUUUCGUAUUUUUCUUAAUUAGAUUUUAUCUCAUUUAGUUUUAACUCGAUAUUUUUUUAAAAAAAUAUUAUACAGAAAUAAAGUGUCAGGAGUUCUAUAUAAAAUCAUGGAUAUAAUUGAAUUGCAAGACCAUAAAUGGUGCAACUGUUGAGUAUAAUUAUGUAAUUAUGUGGCCGAAAGCCUUGGGGCUUUAAGGGCUCGGCCCAUUAGGUCAAAGGGAUCUUCUCGGUUAGGGUUUGGGAGAAUGUAAAAGUGUAUAUAUAUGCUCUGUACAGGAAACGUUGGAGAACCUUCUCCCAACAACUCGAGUUAUUGGGACCAACUGGUUCUUGACAUGGUAUCAGAGCUGAUAUUAACAGUUGAUUAAAGUACAAGGUAUGGUGGACCUGUGCAAACUUCAAGCCAAUGGGUUGACUUUCGUUUAAGGGGGCGUGUUAGAGAGUGGUAUAAAAUCCAGCAGAACCUUCUCCCAACAACUCGAGUUAUUGGGAGCAACUGGUUCUUGACAUAACUCAAAUCAUUGCUUAUUAUACUAUAUAUAUAGUAUAUAGUCGUAUAGAUAGAUAUUUUUCUUCUAAAGAUUUGUUUACACAUUUAUAAUUAAAGAGUUAAAUAUUUUCAUUGAAUGCUGCCAACUUAUCCAGCUGCCAAGAUCUAAGAAGAGACAAAAAGUCAAUCAAUUCGAAGAAGAUUAUCCGCCGCGGGCUCCGCAUCUCUGCAUGAGCCGUAGUCAGUAGUGUGCAUAAAUUAAGAAGAUAUUGCAAUCAAACUAUCUUUUUUGGCAUCUUUGACCAGUUUUUUUAUACCCAGCAAAUAUGGGCCAUUUCUUAUCCUUUUUUAUCUCUGCCAUUUCUGAUAAUCAUAAUAUCACCGUCUGUAUCUGCGGUAAGAGAUGAUGAAAUGAUCAGAAAUAUAUUUAUGAUUGACUUGUUAUCUGGAUGAAUUUAGGGUAUCGUAUUGGUAGGUAAACUCAUCUAUAUCUUGAAUUAAUCGGAUUUCGGAACGUACUAUGUCGAUAAAUUAUAAUGAGUAAAUCUCGGUCCUAAAAUAUCUAUACUUAUGUAUGACUAUUACGUGUAAUUGGUUAUUCAACAGUUCAUCCAUCUAUAUAUUUUGGGAGAGCCUUAUAAGGGCAAGUGGUUCUUAUAAUUUUAAUGAUUAUUUGAACUUCAAAUUCCAUGAGUUUUAGAGAGAAAAUGUUAUAGAAGUCUUAUCGUCUCGGAUGAAUCAACUUGUAAAUUCGAUAAAAAUAAAAAUUUAGGUCAAGUCCACACAACUCUUUCAUAUUAAACGUCCAUUUCAUCGCAUGACAUGUUGAAUUUGUGCAAACAUAAAAAAACAUAUAAAAAAUAAUUAACAUCAAUACAUGAAUCUCUCAACAACUUCAGCUCGAUAAAUAUUUUACUAUUAUUUGAUGUCAAACCACCCGUUAUUAAUCAUGAAUUCCCCCGGCAGGGCGUGCAUGUGGGCCACGUAUCAAAUAAUUAUCUUCCCGUUACACGAAGGCUACCUAAGCUAAAUCUUAUAUAUAAUAACUAUGUGGAUGGUGAGCAAAAGCAAACCAAGAAAAUCAGAGCAGAGAUGAGAGAAGCAUCAAUGGCGUGUCUCCCACUGUCAAGAGCCACGCUCCUUCUUCUGUUGUCUCUGUAUCUUUUUGGUCAUGCCGUAUCAUCUACAACGACGUCGGGCGCCAGCAGUACUGUGCCGGCCACUACAUUCGGCGACGAUGUCCCGCCGGCCAACCGUUCAAGUUUCCCGGCGGGCUUCCUCUUCGGGUCGGCGUCCGCUUCUUACCAGGUUGAAGGCGCGGUAGCUGAAGGUGGGAAAGGACCUACCAAUUGGGAUGUUUAUACUGCCAAAUAUCCAGAGAGGAUAGCCGAUCGUAGCAACGGGAAUGUCGCCGUCGAUGGGUAUCAUCGUUACAAGGAAGACAUUGCAAUUAUGAAGAGUUUAGGGUUUAAUUCCUAUAGAUUUUCAAUCUCAUGGGCUCGAAUAUUACCGAAUGGGACGAUUGGUGGAGGUGUGAAUAAAGAAGGGAUCACAUAUUACAACAAUUUUAUCAACGAGCUCCUGGCUAAUGGCAUUAAACCUUUUGUAACCAUUUUUCACUUCGACCUCCCUGAAGCCUUGGAAAAACAAUAUGGCGGCUUCCUUAGCCGUAAAAUUGUGAAAGAUUUCGUUGCAUAUGCGAAUGUUUGUUUCAAGCACUUUGGAGAUCGAGUUCAACACUGGGUCACAAUCAACGAGCCUCUGUCGCUCGCUUUGUUUGGCUAUGCCCAGGGGACGUUGGCGCCUGGUCGAUGCUCGAAAUGGAUGAACUUGAACUGCACUGGGGGAGACUCGGCCACUGAGCCAUACAUAGUCGGGCACCACCUCCUUCUUUCUCAUGCUGCCACCGUCAAAUUGUACAGAAAGAAAUAUCAAGCAACACAAAAGGGCAAGAUCGGCACUGCCCAAGUGAUACAGUGGCUUCUUCCUCUCUCCAAUUCUAAGAAAGAUCACGAAGCUAGGCAGCGGAGAAUAGAUUUCACGCUUGGAUGGUUUCAGGACCCAUUGGCCACCGGAGACUAUCCGGCGUCGAUGAGAGCUAAUGUGGGGAAACGAUUGCCCAAAUUCUCAAAAGAGGAAGCCAAGAUGUUGAAAGGCUCUGCCGAUUUCGUGGGGUUGAACUACUAUACAUCUUACUACGUUUUCAAUGACCCUCCUCCGGCUAAUGCUCUCAAGAGCGCUACGACGGAUUCUCAUACCAAUUUUUCACCCACGAAGAAUAAUGUCGACAUCGGGCCAAAGGCAGGGAUAAUUUGGCAGUACAUUUACCCCAAAGGUAUUCGAGAUGUUGUUCUCUAUGCAACAAAGAAGUACAAUAACACGCCUAUUUACAUCACCGAAAAUGGAAUGGGGGAGGUCAAUAAUGAUACCUUAAGCAUCAAGGAAGCUCUUAACGAUACCCUGAGAGUCUUCUUUUAUCGUGAGCAUAUAGCAUAUCUCAACAGUGCAAUCAAGGAUGGUGCAAAUGUGAAAGGGCAUUUUGCUUGGUCAAUAAUGGACAAUUUUGAAUGGGCGGAGGGCUAUACUAUUCGAUUCGGCAUUAAUUUCGUGGACUACAAAAAUGGGCUAAAAAGAUACCCUAAACAAUCCGCCGUAUGGUACCGUAACUUCUUCAAGACUUAGUCAUGAUCUAUUCGACUUUUGCAGUUGCUGUUCCUUUGUUUAACUUUUUUCCAAGAAGAUAUAUCCUACUAGAGAUAUAUGAGUAUGUUCCUUUUUCAAUAAAAUUAUCUAUCAAGUUUCUUUUAUCUUAAUACUCUCAUACUCUUGUCACUCACCUUAUAUAUAAUUUCUCAAUAGUACUUUUAGCAAUAAUGCAGUAUGUAUGUACAUUGCUUUUGUUGAAAAACGUGUUCAUAAUCAUCUCAUCAAAUUAGAAACAUAUGAAAUUCGUAACCCUGCUAUCCCCUCAAUGAUCAUCCCAAAAAUUACCGGGUAAAAUGAUCGUUCCAGAUCACGAGGCUAAUGUUGUUGCCGAUCAUUUCUCCUACAUUAUUAAUCUAAUUCUAACCUUUUGAUUUAGUCCAACGGGUAUCCAUGUUUUUAAUGCUCCUUCAUGUGUGAAAAAUUUACCUUGCAUUGAAUUUUGUAUGGCUUUGAAAUUUAAAUUUAAAACCAAUGAACUAGAAAUAUACCAUUGAAGGAUUCAUUUCACAAAUAAUAAAAAGGAUACAUGUUGGGAAAUUUUAUCAGACCGUCCCCAAAUCUUAGAUGGGCCAUUUCCUUAUCUUCUAAAAAAUAUAUAUAUAUAUAUAUUUUCAAGAAACCCCGCUAGUAAAUUAAUUAAUUAAUUACUUGGCACUUACGUACUGAUUUCUAAAGUUUCGUAUCUACAUUAAUAGACGAGUCUACAUUAUGUAGCUAUAUAAGUAAGAUGAAACAUGAAAUAAACAACGACUAAUCUACAAUUACGUUCAAAAGAAAUAAAAAUGAUCAAUUAGGAAAGGUGGUUUCAGUAACACGAUCAUUACAGAAGACAAAUUGUUAAACAGUAUCAUUCAAAUAUCUUAUAAUUGACGCAAACUUUCAAACAUACUGUUCAGAUAAAGUCACAUAUAAAAUUUUAUACAUAUGAAUGUCGUAACAUACGCGUGUUUGCAUUUUAUUGGACUACGAUUAGAAGUUGAAAAGCACAUUUGGUGAAAGCGUGGUAGGUGGAGAUUAAGCCUACUUACCAAACAAGGCCCUACUUAAAUUUUAAUUAUAUUAUUAUUCGUCUCAUGAUUAUGUUUAGCAAUUGGACCUAUAGCUAGCUGUAGAUACAUGCUUUGCCCGUCAUAUCUCCAAGACUCCAACAACCAUUUUGCACUCGCAGAUAGCUAGCUUUGCAGACACACUCUUCUCUACAAUGGAGAAGUGGCAGACACAAUGGUUAGAUUCAAAUUGUGGAGCCACCUUCGAUUCGAAAAAUAACUCUUCAUUUUUGGGUUAGUAAGGGUUACCGAUUGCCGAGUAUAAAAUAAAUUAGUCAAUAAUUUGUGGAGUUUAAAUAUAUAGAUUGGGUUCCGAUCAAUUUGGAUAAGAAGUUCUCUAUAUAUGAUUAAUUCGGAAUCACUAAAUAUUGUAAUCAUUUGUAUGGAGGCGGAGUAGAUUUUGAAUUCGGAUUUGCUCUUGGUGAAUUUCAAAUCGGGUUGGUGAAUUUUAAAUAUAUAGAUUGGGUUCCGAUACUUACACUUUUAGACAUAAGUUCGACAUAUGAAAACAUUGCGACAUUUACAAAAAAAAAAAGUGUGAGUAUCCAUAUUUUAUUUCGACAUUUGAAAAUGUCCCUUUGAAACCUUGCGAUGCAACACUUAUGUAUAGACACUUAUAUCUUCUGUCAUUUUAUUUCGAAUAUGAAAAUGUUGCUAUAAAACCUUGCGACAUUUACAAAAAAAAAAAAAAAUUGUCGCUACCUAUAUCUUUCAACAUAUGAACAUUUUGUUACAUAACUUAUGACAUUUGCAAAAAGCACCGGUACCUACAUUUGGCGACAUUUAUUUUGAAAUAUAAAACUUAUUAUUUGACAUUUAUUGUUGUAUUCGUAUAGUUGUAUUUAUUAGUAUAGUGGUAUUGAAUAAUUCUUGCCGUUAGAUAGUUAUUUUUUAUGAAUAUACCAGUAGAUUAAAA